AUGACGCGCAAUCAAAUGAAAAUCGAAUUGCUUCAAGCAGAAGUCGACGAAAAUGACCAGAGUUUCUUUCGCCUCCUGGUCGACGGUCGGAACAUAAAAUAUGUCACUAUAGACCCUGGUCUCUAUAGUGCUGACGAUAUGUGUUUCGGUCCCUCGCUGGUUUCGCUUCUACCCGCCCUACCCGCUGGAGAUUGGAACGAUGGACUGGUGACCAAAAAUGAAUCGAAUGGUCAACCCCACUUUGCCUAUGCUAUUCGGACCGCUUUCCCUGGUGUUGAGAACACCUGGAACGAAACUUAUGUUGAUUAUUCGGAGAUCGUGGUCGGAGAAAAGUUACGAACGGGCAUUUAUGAAGUCAAAUGCCAUUUGUUCAAUGACGUGGUUGUGGUUAAAUUCGCUCGCUUUGACUGGGAGAUCCCAUAUCUAGAAAGUGAGACCACGGCUUACCAAUGGAUUGAGGGCUAUAGAAUCGGUCCACAAUUUCUUGGCCAUUUGACCGAAGAUGGCCGCGUGAUUGGGUUCUUGAUGGAACGCAUCAAGGAUGCCAGGCAUGCUGGCCCCCAGGACCUUGAGUCCUGUCGGAAGGCUUUGUCUCGAUUACAUCGCCUAGGGAUACAACACGGAGAUACAAACCGAUUCAACUUUCUUAUUCGUGAUUCACAGGCUGUUUUAAUUGAUUUUGAUUCGGCGCGAAAGUGUGACGACCAAGAUGCGCUUCUGAAAGAGCUUGAACAUUUACCGAAUUCCCUAGAGGAUUUAUCACGUCGAGGUGGGGGAGGGCUCCUUUGA